UGACCAUAAGACGCGCCUAGGUUUUAGAGGAGAAAAACAAAAAAAAAAAUAUUCUGAACCAAUGAACUGCAGACACAGUACAGGGGAUGACCAGAGACUGCAGACACAGUACAGGGGAUGACCAGAGACUGCAGACACAGUACAGGGGAUGACCAGAGACUGCAGACACAGUACAGGGGAUGACCAGAGACUGCAGACACAGUACAGGGGAUGACCAGAGACUGCGGACAGUACAGGGGAUGACCAGAGACUGCAGACAAUGUACAGGGGAUGACCAGAGACUGCGGACAGUACAGGGGAUGACCAGAGACUGCGAACAUAGUACAGGAGAUGCCCAGAGACUGCGGACACAGUACAGGAGAUGACCAGAGACUGCAGACACAGUACAGG